GCCCGACAUCACCACAGGAGGCGCGACUAUGACAACUUUAACUACACAUUUGUUUAAAAGUUAGGAAAUGAACCAGCUUAACGAACCAGCAGUUGAAUGCUGAGAAUGCAUGGUUUUCAGACAGGGCGAUGGCGCCCUCCAGUGGGCAUGGUUGGCAAUAACUAUCCGGACUUCCUGGCCAUUAUCUUAUGGGCGUGGCAGUGAAGUUGACAUUGCGUGCGACAGACAGGCUACCUGAAAACAACCAGAUUAAAGGACGCUGCUGGCGGCGUUCACUUUAAUCUAAAAAUCCGAAAACAAAAUGGUGGAGCAGACCAGAGAGUCUCCCAAGCCCGCGUCCCUCCAGGCUGGUCCUGUUGAGGUGGACAGCGGCAUGCCAUCUGAUUUGACAGCAAGGGAGGCCCGGGUCAUUGGUCAGCAGCUUGCCCAGAUAGGAGACCAGCUGAACAGGCGCUGGGCCCACAGGCUGCCCGGCCCACGGCUGCAGCCCAACCAAUGGCCUCUGGACUGGAGAACAAACAUCUUCAUUGGCGCUCGUGUCGUCAGGCAUGUUUUUGUAGCAGAGGGGAGGAGGGUGCGAGAGGUCUUUGCUCUGGGCAAACUGUGGCUGAAUCCUCUGGUUUACAACCCGUCUGCCUGGGUGUCCAGUCUGAGUUCCGCUGGUUUGGGCUGGUCCGCUGGCGUGCUGGUCUCCACUGCACUACUGGCCACUGCUGCCCUUUGCAUUGCACUCUGGGAACUGGGGAAAGACUAAGCUCCUCCCCUCCAGGGGUGCGAGCCAAUCUCUCUCCUCCUGUGCUUUCCUGUGGCCUCAGGCCUUUGCACCAACUUUCUUGCUUGCAAUGUAAUUUGCCAUUGGCAACCUAUUAAGUUGCUAUGUAGUUAGCAGGGAUGCUUUCAAGACAAAGGGUCCAGAGCAACUGUUUGGAGGCUUCAAGUCUUAGGGUUUUCUUUUGGUGAUGAAGACGGAAGUUACAUCGUUGAAACAUAUCAGUUAAAGGAUAAAACCUUAACAUGUCUGAGACAAAAGAAAAACCUAAGACUUGUUUCAACAGUUAGACAUAAUGAACAUAAUACAUGUAAGAAAGGAAAUGUUUGGAGGCUUUCUCCAACUCAACAGUAUGCUUGCAAAUGAGAGUAUGACCAUUGAAUUAUGUGUUUUGAAAGUACUGAGUAGAAACUUUAAUCAUCAAUGAUGUCGAGUCUUGUAUCCUUGUAUCACAAGGAAGGCAUAGGAAAGGACAGGAGGACAAAUAUUGACUUGCGCUCUUACUGAACUGAUGGGCUGGAAGCAGGCUUUAGCUCACAGAUGGGUUUGUUUUCUUGACUGUUGUGGGUGGUUUUUUAUAAUUUGUUAUUCAUAAUUAAAAAAAAAUAUUUAAUUGCAUUUUGCAUUUUCCAAACAUUGUUUUAUUACGUGGAUAAAUUGAAUGGUAUUGAAGUGCUGGCUCACAGUUAUGUCUUUAUUGCGUUGUUUUGUGUACAUCAGUGAUGGGCAACUUGGAUUCAUUUAGUCCUAAUCCAGUGCCAUGUAUUCCAAAUGACCUGAGUUUGCCAGACAGGAUUGAAAAGGAAGAGAUGGUUCAUCACGAGUUUCUUCGGGAAUCAAUAUGAUGCAAGUUUCUUUUUUUAAGGGGUUUUAAACCUUUAUUUGACAGGACAAUGUGAAAUGGUGACAGGAAAGUGAGUGAGAGAGAGAGAGAUGGGGGAGGAUGGGGAAAUGACCUCGGGCAGGAAUCAAACCUGGGUCCCUGGUGUGACAGUGCAGUGCCCUACCGUUUGAGCCACGGCAGGGCAUGGUGUAAGUUUCUAAGCUUGAGGAAGGUCCCUCUGUUGGAUCCCUGAGGAAGGCCUGAGGAAGAUCCCUCUGUUGGAUCGAAACGUUGCCAUAUGUUUAAAUGAAAUAAAGUAUUUUUGGAGUUAAUACACAGUGUGCAGACCGCUUCAUCACACUACCUACUACCUUUUGUCUGGCACCUGGACAACUACCUGUGGAUGUGCGCACCCUACCUCCAAACACGUACGUUUCUAAGCUGCCAUCAUAUGGCUGCCAUGGUCCUUGACAAAAAUGAAUAGAGUUCAAUAGGGAAAAUUCACCAUCAUUUAGAAGAUCGAAAUUGAUCCCACUUUGUUGAAUAGGCAGCACAUAGAAUCUUGGUUACCAUACUUUAAAUAUUUGGUUUUAACCUCCCAAUCACUUGGAAAAAAAGUAAAGGUGAAAUCAAGUCAUUUGGAAUAUGUGGCACUGGAUGGAGAAACGAAUGAAUCCGGGUUGGCCAUCGCCGGUGAACAUCAUAGAGUGUUUGUUUUGGUUGAGGCUGUUGCAGGAUACACAGCCAUGUUUUAUGACGGCCAAGUUUGAUGCUGUGUGGAGCAGGACAGCAGCUAGUAAGUUUUUCUACGCUUGUGAUCAAGCUCUUUUGAAACUGUUCCGAAGUCAGGGAAGCUGGACUUUCAAUUCCACAACAAUUUGUACUGUGAUUUUUUUAUUAUUAUUAUUAUAAUUAUUAUUUCUAAACAAAAAUGGAAGAAGGAAAAAUUGUUUGAAUAAAAAAUGGCCUUGAAAUGACA